UUAAUCAUUCUUUCUACUUUAUAUUUUAAUUUUUUAUAUUUAAACGAACUCUUAUCGAAGCAGAUCCGUUAUACAAAUUCAGCGUUACUAAAAAAAUGAAUCAUGAAGCGAAAAAAGGCUCUACCGCGUCUAUUCCAUGAAGUUUUGGACGCCAUAGCGAUAUUGAGAGAGUCGAAAGGUUCCACGGAAAAGGCUAUACUGAACCAGGUUGAUACGAUUCUGCACCUCAGAAGGGAACGGCUGAAGAAAAGCAUCGCUUCGAUCCACAAGGCCCUCUGCCACGGAGUGAAAACCGGCAUUCUGGUACUCAAACAUGGAAAAUACUGCUUGGGAAUGACCCAAGGCGAUUACGAUUUGUUCAGGAAAGUGCGUAAAAUCCGAUCUACGGAGAGCUUGUACAAUAAAUUCAAGCUAAAAAGGAAGAGGAAGCAAAAAAGAAUGAGCCAGAAACUUAGGGAGUUGCUUAGAACACCUUCGGCAACGACAACUAAUGAAUGUUUUAGUAAUAACGGAGAUCUCAGCGAAACAGAAAGUGAUGAACCUUCGGAUUGCCGGGGUAGGAGAGGAAGAAGAGCAAGGGGCAGAAGAAGAAGAAGCCGCAGUCGCAGAAGAAACAAAGUACGAAAACGUACAUUGAAAACACGAGCGAUCAUUGAAAAUCCUCCAGUUACACCAAAAGCAUCGGAAGAAUCGAUCAAAACAAUGAAACCAAAUAACGAUGAUGAAAAAGAUGCAUCAGAUAACCAAAACAACCCUAACGAUAAUAACGAUAAUGACGAAAUUAGUAAAAACCAAGAAUAUGACAGACGCUCUCGUUCUAACGAGGGGGACAAAAAUAAGUGCGACCUUCCAAAUUGCCUUUGUCACGAGUCGGGAAGCUAUUACAAUAAAGAUUUUUACAAAUAAUUUUAUCACAAAGUGAUAAUAAAAUUUUAAUUCGUUUAUUUCACUCACCGUUUCCAACAGCGUACUGCUGUA